UUUGUUUUUGACAGAGAAGGGCGGGGUUUGUUUGCUGGUAGCGCGCAGACGCAGGUAUUGGUAGACGGUACCAGUAGCGGUGACGUGUUCGCUGCGGUGAGUUAUCCGGCGACUCGGCUGUACUUCGAUGUUGCGGAGUUGGUUUGCCUCGCUGCUGUGGACUGAUUUGUGACAGAAAGUCGUUGCUAAAAUUGGAAAUACUUUAUUGGAGGGGAUCUGGCCAAGAUGUCUGGAAUGAAGAAGCCUGUGCUGUUUCAGUCUUGGGAGGAAGAUGAGUGCCUGGAAUACUAUGGCAUGCUUUCCCUCCAUCGCAUGUUUGAUGUAGUUGGUUCCCAGCUAACACAAAAUGACAUUGAUGUCCUAUCUUUUCUGCUGCAUGAAACCCACCCCUUCACACAUCCUUUGGAUCCCCAGCUAUGGACAGCUGAAGAAGAGGCUGGUGAAGCAAUGCCUAACAGUGCCUUGCUAUCAGCUUGGCAAAGGUGGAAUCGUGGUAGUAGAACACUUAAUAAUUUGGACUCUCCAGAUCUUCUUCGACCCAAGGAUGGGACUGAGCUACUGCUUGAACUUGAGAGAAGGGGAAAAUGUGAUGAGAGCAACUUUACACAUCUCUUGCAACUGUUACGUGUAUUAACACGUCAUGACCUUCUCCCAUAUGUUACCACGAAAAGACCCCGUGCAGUAUCCCCUGAGCGGUAUACUUAUGGUCCGUCUAUUUUGGAUUCUGAUCAGCAAAUGGAUAGAUGUCUUAAUCCAAACCCUGCAGACACCAGAGAAGAAAACUGGGAAACAGGGUCUAACUCCAGCAAAAGAAAGCGAGGUGGAACUCAAAAGAUGGGGCAUUGCCCCAAACCAAAGAGAAAUAAAGUGGGCAACACUCCCUCGCAGAAUCCGAAUAACCAGAGCAAAGUAACAUGUGGAAUACGCUUGCGUGUUCGAGUAGAGUAUUGCCAGCCUGAAUCAAUCUUGAGUCAAAGCGUGCUGUCUGUCAAGCAGAAUCCUUUAGAGAAGCAGUUUGAUCUGUUCAGCCAGUCAAACACGGUUCUGAAAUCCCGGGACCUUGGCUUAAUUAUUUGUGACAUCAAGUUCUCCGAGCUUUCCAAACUGGAUGCAUUCUGGACUGAUUAUUUGAAUGGUUCCCUGCUUGAAGCCCUGAAAGGGGUCUUCAUCACAGAUUCUCUCAGAGAGUCAGUGGGACAGGAAACCACCCAGCUUCUGGUCAAUGUGGAUGAAGAUGACUAUGAAGAAGGUCGAAGACUUCUGCUAGACCAUAUAUCCCAACCAUAUGACUGAACAUCUGCCGUGUAUACUUUCCAGAACUUGGGUCUAGGUGAUAUGCUCUUGGGAGAGGAAAAAGCAUCUUACUGUACCUGCUGGUUAUCAGGAAUACAGAUACUUUAACGUUCAA